AUGUCUGAGCUCAAAGACCCCCUUGAUCUGGCCGAGACUGGAGAUUUAUCCAAGUUCUCAAAGCUCGAAGCUACACUGGUACACACCGAGGUGGAGCGGCGACCAAAUUCAAUAUCGCAAGACGGUGUAAGUCGCCAUGCUGUGACUGCAGACCUUGGUGUCAACGAAUUGGAUUUCGAUUUCAACCUUGCCACAGACCAUUAUCCACUAGAUCAGCUUAGGUCUCUCCACCAAGUCUUUGAUGCCGUGCAAUACCGUCAGCAUUUGGCUCGGGACGGGGACUUCUCGUCCACAACUCGUGUGGAAUGUUUCACGGCUGAUUCGCAGGGAGGAGAAUGGCAAAUACUUGAUGAAACCAACAUGGAUCGACUUUUACAGUCCUAUGCUAUGAACACCUCACCUGUUGAACCACAUCCUGGACGUAAAAUGCUCGUUUUCUUUACACCAUUGGUGCCCACAGACGGUACGACAUACGGAUCACGCGUUCUAAUGACUCAAAGAAAUGCGAAACAACUGUUCGAGACAUUACAAGUCAAUCCCUUGUUUCUGUUGGACAUGAUUGGGCGGCCAGAUUACUGGGCUCCUCAAGUGCAUUGGGAGACAGCCGAUGACGGGAAGCUGCUGGCUUGCGAUCUCUUUUGUCAGCAUCCUCGAUGGAACCUUCAAGUCCAAGGAGCUCCGCUGUCUGCUUAUGUGCGCCAUGACAUUGUUCGAGACUUGACUACAUAUGUCAUCUCGCAUAAAGAGUUUGAUACCUCCAUCGCCACGCUCAAAUCUAUAUUGAACAUUGCACUCAAUGUCAGCUCCACAGUCAACAACCCGGCUGUCUUUUUGGAAGGUCCAUUUGAUAUCCAUGCCAUUCUUUCCACACUUUCCUUCGAAGCUUCUAAAUUCCACGUCAAGCGUUUCCAGCGGUUCAUGUGGAAGCAGAUGAACAAAGUCGACGAUCACCUUACGGGCCUCGAGUUUAGUGAUCGUGCUAAGCUUGGAGACUUGACAAAACAGCUCCAAAUCAUGUCCGCAAAUGCAGAUUCACAUAUCGCCAAUGCUGAUGUAGCAAUCAUCACGGCCAAAGCCAUUCGAGAUGCCCACUCACGUCUCACUCCCUCCCUCCCCCGAUCUAACCCUUUUAUAAACCAGCGAGCCGAUAGUUCAAUAUCAUAUAUCAUCUCCUCCAUUGAGAAACAGAAAAUCUGGUUCUUGAAUUACAAGCAGCGCAAGGACAAUGCCAUGUCCCUGGUUUACAAUCUUGUGACCCAGCAAGACGCCAUCAACAACAUUCAGAUCGCCCAUAGCAUGAAGCAAGACUCUACCUCCAUGAAUGCAAUCGCUGCUCUGACAAUGAUCUUCCUGCCGGGUACCUUUGCAGGCACAGUGGUUGGUGCAGGAGUUUUCGGGGGUGCCAUCAAAGAGACGGUGUGGCUAAUUUGGGCUGCAAUUACAUUGCCGCUUACGGUAGGAGUCAUGAUUUGCUGGUGGUUGUAUAAGAAAGGAAAGCGGCCAAUGGCCAAGGGUAGCACUGUGAUAGAGAAAGACAGGGCCAAUUCCGCGGAUACGAGGACGAAUUCACCUAGGAGGAGGUCCAGUGUUUUUUCCAGUGGCUUUUCCUUCCGAAGGUUCAAGACUGGUAUAGGUGAAGAUAUGUAG